ACUUUGAACGCUGAUUUAAAGGAGCCUUUCAAGCUAAGAGGUGACUGUGGGUGAUUCCAGUUUGCAUCAGAAGGACCACAAGUUUUUCUCAGAGAUGUCGUUCAUCAGAAUCUGCUCUUCAGUGGAAAGACUAGAAGUCCCUUUGGCCCCUGCAGCUUCUCAGCAGUAAUUAAACGUGUGACUUGAGGAUCUUGUCAAGCAUCUUCUCGAAAACGCGUCUGGGAAUUUUCCUGAAAGACUUCCAUCUGAGAUUUGAUUAACUUUGGAAUAUUGGAUUGCAGUUUUUAAAAUCUGUCGCUUUGUGAAUGUUUGACUCAGGAUGAGUCUGACAGCUUGACAGCUUUAGUCCCUUUUCUCUCCCACCACUGCCGAAUUUGAGCAACCUCUCCUGCUGCGCUUUCUCCUUCAGCCCAGGAUUACUUCCUCGGCUGAUUUUAUUCAAUAUUUUUGCCAUCGGAUUAUAGUAUUUUCUGAGCUCCACUUUUUGGUUUCUAAAGGCAAAGACAGACAGACACUGUAAGGUGUGAGAUCAGCAACUACACCUCGAAAUUCUGACCCCUCUGCAGCACCUGGAGUUAUCUAUUACCCAUCAGCCAUCAUGGAGUCUGUGGCAGCGAGAAUGGCCAUGGUGACUGACUCCCCCAACCUGUCGCUGAGGUCGAGGACUACCUUGACGACAGACGGCGACUCUUUCGUUAGCACUGCCAGCCUUCCAUGCAGCCACUUCCUGUCCGCCAAUGUCAUCAAUGUUGUGGAGAAAUGUAUGAACUCCAUGCAGAUGGGGACCCAGAUGGUGAAGCUCCGCGGCGGAUCCAAAGGACUGGUGCGGUUCUUCUAUCUGGACGAACACAAGUCCUGCAUCCGCUGGAGGCCCUCGCGCAAGAAUGAAAAGGCCAAAAUCUCCAUCGACUCACUGCGCGAGGUGUGUGAGGGGAAGCAGUCUGAGAUCUUCCAGCGCUACUCAGAGGGCAGCUUCGACCCCAACUGCUGCUUCAGCCUGUACUAUGGAGAACACAUGGAGUCCCUGGACCUGGUGUCAGGCACUGGAGAGGAGGCACGUACCUGGAUCACAGGCCUCAAAUAUCUGAUGGCAGGCAUCAGUGAUGAGGACAGCCUGGCCAAGAGGCAGCGCACCCGAGACCAAUGGCUGAAGCAGACCUUCACCGAGGCUGAUAAGAACGGCGACGGCAGCUUAAGCAUCAGCGAGGUGCUGCAGCUCCUGCACAAACUCAACGUCAACCUGCCCCGACAGAAGGUCAAACAGAUGUUCAAGGAAGCAGACACAGAUGACAACCAGGGGACACUGGGCUUUGAAGAGUUCUGCUCCUUCUACAAGAUGAUGUCAACCCGUAGGGACCUGUACCUCCUCAUGCUCACCUACAGCAACCACAAAGACCACCUGGACACAGACGACCUGGCCCGCUUCCUAGAGACUGAGCAAAAGAUGACCAAGGUGACCAAGGACCAUUGCCUGGAGAUUAUCAACAAAUUUGAGCCGUGCUCUGAGAACCAGAAGCAAGGAGUUCUGGGAAUUGAUGGUAUAACGAAUUACAUGCGCAGCCCAGGGGACAUCUUUAACCCAGAACACUACAUCGUGAGCCAGGACAUGAACCAGCCGCUGUGCAACUACUUCAUCGCCUCCUCACACAACACUUACCUGAUGGGAGACCAGCUGAUGUCACAGUCCAGGGUGGACAUGUACGCCUGGGUGCUGCAGGCCGGCUGUCGCUGCGUAGAAGUGGACUGCUGGGACGGUCAGGAUGGUGAACCCAUCGUCCACCACGGCUACACUCUAACCUCCAAGAUCCUCUUCAAAGACGUCAUCGAGACCAUCAACAAGUACGCCUUCGUCAAGAAUGAAUACCCGGUCAUCCUCUCCAUAGAGAACCACUGCAGUGUUCUUCAGCAAAAGAAGAUGGCCCAGUACCUGACUGAGAUCCUGGGGGACAAACUGGACCUAUCCAACAUCAAAGCUGAUGAGUCUGGACGGCUGCCGUCACCAGAAAUACUCAAGGGCAAGAUCCUUGUCAAGGGGAAGAAACUGCCUCCCAACAUCGAUGAGAACGCAGAGGAGGGAGACGUGUCAGACGAGGACAGCGCUGAUGAGAUGGAGGACGACUGUAAACUGAUGAAUGGAGAUUGGAAGACGUCAGCCAACAGGAAGCAGGUGGAGAACAUGGCCAAGAAAAAGCUGGACAACCUGAUGAAGGAGUCCAAGAUCAGAGACAGAGAAGACCCGGACAGCUUCACCAUCGCAGCCCUCCCUCCUGCUGGGAAGCCCGCAGACAAAACCAGCUCCAAGGGUAAAAGUGAGGAUGGGACAGACACAGCGGACGAGGCUAAUCCCAGCAGCAACAAGCGCACAGGACGCUCCUUCAUGGGGAGCUUCUCCAAACGCAAGAAAAAGACAACCAAGCUGAAGAAGACAUCAAGCUUUGAAGACACAGAUACAGACCAAGAGAGUUCAAGCAGCGCCUCCCGUGCCCCCUUGCACCACAGCAAGAAGAAGAAGACCAUGAAGUUAUCCCGAGCUCUGUCUGAUCUGGUCAAAUACACACGCUCUGUGGGUCUCUAUGAUAUUGAGGCACAAGCCAACUGCAGCUGGCAGGUGUCGUCACUGAGUGAAACCAAAGCCCACCAGGUGAUGCAGCAGAAACCUGCAUCCUUCAUCCAAUUUAACCAGCGACAGCUCUCGCGCAUCUACCCCUCCUCUUACCGUGUGGACUCCUCCAACUUCAACCCGCAGCCCUUCUGGAACGCCGGCUGCCAGCUUGUUGCACUCAACUACCAGUCCGAGGGCCGCGUCCUCCAGCUCAACAGAGCCAAGUUCUACAGCAACGGCAACUGUGGCUACGUCCUUAAGCCUGCCUGCAUGUGUGAAGGUGCCUUUAACUCCAACCUGGAGGACCCGCUGCCAGGUCAGAUGAAGAAGCAGCUGGUGCUUAAGAUCAUCAGUGGACAACAGCUGCCCAAACCCAAAGACUCUAUGCUGGGAGACAGAGGAGAGAUCAUUGAUCCCUUCGUUGAGGUGGAGAUCAUCGGCCUCCCAGUUGACUGCUGCAAGGAGCAGACCAGAGUGGUAGAUGAUAAUGGGUUCAAUCCAAUGUGGGAGGAGACUCUGGUGUUCACGGUCCACAUGCCGGAGCUAGCCUUGGUGCGUUUCCUCGUGUGGGAUCAUGACCCCAUCGGCCAGGACUUCAUCGGCCAGCGCACCAUCGCCUUCAACAGCAUGAUUCCAGGUUAUCGCCAUGUGUACUUAGAAGGUAUGGAGGAGGCUUCCAUCUUUGUUCACGUAGCUGUGAAUGACAUCACUGGUAAGGCCAGAGCAGCCAGCGGCAUAAAAGGACUGUUUCACAGAAACCCAAAGCAGGCCUCCCUGGACAGCCAUGCUGCUGUGCAGCACAGCCGUAAGCACCCGUUCGGUGCCCACCUGCUGCGCCGCACUGCCAGCGCACCCACCAAAGGCCAGCCCAAAAUCAAGAAGGGCUUCCCAGAGAUCGCCAUCGACACCAAAGACUACAGCUCAGAGGGCGCAAGUGAAGAGCGAGAGUCUGAGGACAGGGACAAGGCCUCUGCUGCCGCCUCUCUCAAGCCCACCCCACCUCAAACCCACAACAGGGAAUCAUUGGCAUCCCACCAAGCCAAAGGCCCCUGGGACUGUCCUGACACCAAUGGGGCUUUUCACCCUGAGGAGGGUAAAGACUGUUCCACAGUGCAGAGACCAACUCCUCUUCCGCUACACUCUGACGACGCCGGAAACACACGUGUCAUCCGUUCUGUCUCCACUCCAGAAGACAGCCUGUCUUCACUUCACUCCUCAUCUCCACCACUGUGCUCACCACCAACAGCAAUAAACACAGACUCCCCAUUGGCCGUUCCUUUAACCGGGGCGGUACACAGUCCUGUCAAGGUGAGCGGAGACCCUGCAAAACUGCGUCCCUUCUCCAGAACCACGUCUCUCCCUCCGACUAACCCAGCUGAGAAAUCUGUACCAUCACGCUGUAGUGAAGACAUCCAGACCAACAUUCACUCAUCCAUGGAGCAAACACCAGACCAGAGGGAAAGACAAAAAACUCUGACAGAAAAGAAAAAUGAUGCAGCAGAGUUUAAGUCUAAGCCCAGAGAGGAGCCUGCUCCUGCAGCAGUGUCCUCCGGAGCCCCUGCAGCUCAGCAGACCACAGCCAGGAGAGCACUUUUCACCAAUCUGCCAUCACACGCACCAGUGAGAAGAACAAAAAGUGAGGGCCAUGUUCGGGCAGCUGUAGCCUCAGCUGGGCAGGCCCAGUCAGCAGUCCCAGAGGUCUGCACCGACGCUACCAUGAACGACCGCCUCUGGAGCAAGCUGGAGCCGGGCAGCCACCGAGACAGCAUGUCCUCCUCCUCUAGCAUCUCUUCCAGCGACACCGUCAUCGACCUGUCCCUGCCCAACCUGGCCAGGAAGAGCCUCAGCAGCCUGCCUGCCACCAUCAGCACCUGCGACCCUCACUGGCUCAACUACCGCCACUCUGCACUCGUCUCCUGUGAUCCGCUGAGAGUCAGCAAGAGCAAGUCCAACCCCAAUCUGCAGCAAAGUGAGUCCCCCAAUGACGAACUGAAGCCUCGCCCCCUGCAGCCUCCCCAGGAAGCAUCUGUGGACUCGCCCAGCAGGCUGACUCAAAGGAGGCACACCUGGAGCCGCCUCUACAUGGAAGGCCUCAAGCAGUCAUCAAGCAGCAGGUCAUCCUCUGUGGCCACAACCCCAACAGCUGCAGCCUCCAUGUCCAAAAGCCUCGGGGAUCUGACCUCUGAUGACAUCUCCUGUAACUUUGACAGUAAGUACCACAGCAUCAGCCGCAGCUUCAUUGUCCGGCCAACCAGGGAGCAGCUCAGCAGAGGUAGCCUGCACAAGUCUCGGCCAACCAGCGACCUCACAGAACAACUGCGGAAGCUGACUGACGUGGAGCCUCUGACCCCCAGCGACUUUGUCCCGGAGAACAGAGCCAAAGAGCCGCAGGAGUGUGUCGAUGAGAGCCUGGUGCGCAGGACCUCCUCCAGGAGCCAAAGCAGGGUGCGCUACAUUGCAAACAGGGCUAAGAAGGCCCAGGAGAGGCAGAAGCUCCAGAGCCUGGUCCAGGGCCGGAGUGCAAGCUUCAGCCUGACUGGUAGCUCUGGCAGCGGAAGCACUGGUAGCCCCAUUGAGGAGCGGGGGAACCCUGAAGGCGCGUGUUGCGUGGCCCAGAGUCCCUGCACCAGCCUGGACCUGCUGAGUCAGCUCGCCCCCCUAGGAGCCCCCUCUCCCAGACAGUCCCAGCCCUCCCCAGACCCUGAAAACAGUGAAGUCUUUUUCAUGCUCAAACUCUAAGAACCGGCUGACUUGGAGCUGAGCGUGAGAGACACAGCUAGACACUCUUUUGGAAUACAGUCCUCAAGUAGAACUCUUUUUUUUUUUUUUUUUUUUUGUAGAAAAAGUUGCGUAUCUUGCAAACUAUCUCAUAGAUUACUUCAGCAUCUCCCAGAGACCUGUGCUCUACCGAAUUAUAAUCCACGAACAGUCAAAUCUCCAUCUUGGGUUUGUGCAAGAUCCAUUUUUUAACAUUCAGAAAACAUUGGGUAGAAGCUGCUGGACAGCAGUUCUUCUAAGAGCAAUCGCAGCUCCGCCAUCAGUUUGCACCAAAUGUUAGAUAUUGCCAGAAUGUAUUUAGUGAACGAUACCUGGAGUUUUUCUAUAGCUGUUUAUGUUGAUGAUCUUAGGUCAUGCUUGACUUUUUUUUUACUUUCCAUGAGCAUACAGUAGCAAUAGAUCACCAAGAGGAAAGGAUAGUAGUCCUUUUAAAUCUGAGCAAAAUGGUUUGAUUUCUUUCAAAAACAUGGAGA